UGCUCAGUCACUCACUCUUUCUCUGUGAAUGACACCGACAAGCCCCCAUACAUACAGAGAAAGAGAGAGAGUAUGAAUACUCUUGGAUGACAAGUUAACAGUGAAAGCAAAGCAAAAUGGACUUCUUAACCACUCUCAACUCUAUCUGCUUUCAUCACCACCCCUUCCAAGUUCUGAAGCCGCAUUGAACUUCUUUCUAAAAAACAACGUGUGUGUAUGUGUGUUUACAUGACAGCAUGUUAUGUUGGUCCCACGUUAAAAACUCAACAAAAAAACCCCUCCAUGUGCCAACCUCUCUCUCUCUCUCACUGCAUUCUCAGGUGAGAGGAGGCGCUUAAGGAUCCAAAGCUUUGAACUUUGAACUUCACUCUCUUUUGGACCAUUGUGUUCAAGCUAUGGACCCAAGCUCUCGUCUUGAUCAUGCCCUUUUUCAGCUCACUCCAACUAGAACCAGAUGUGACCUUGUCAUUGUUGGUGGAGGUGCGAGUGAAAGACUAGCUUCUGGGUUGUUAGAACCGUUUCUUUCUCACCUUCAGAGUGCCAAGGAUCAGAUUUCUAAAGGUGGAUAUUCCAUCACUCUGCGCCCACCUCUUGCAAAUGCUCCCUGGUUCACCAAAGCCACCCUUCAAAGGUUUGUUAGAUUUAUAAGCACCCCUGAAGUUCUAGAGAGGUUUGUGACAAUUGAAAAGGAGAUUGUGCAGAUUGAAGGUUCAAUUCAGUCAAAUGAGAAGAGCAAUUUGGUGGCAGAAGCAGAAGGAAAUGUCUCAUUUUUUGAUGGGCGAGUCAAAAGGUCCACAACUUCCUCUAAGCUGAAAGAUGAGCUCCUUGGAACCAAUCAAGAUGGAUAUGAAGAAAACUCCAAGGUUCGCCUUCAGCGUGUUCUAGAUAAUCGUAAAGCUAUGCUUUGUAAAGAACAAGCAAUGGCCUAUGCUCGUGCUUUAGUAGCAGGAUUUUACCCAGAAUCUGUGGAUGAUCUUAUAUGUUUUGCUGAUGCAUUUGGAGCAUCACGUUUAAGGGAAGCAUGCAUAAAUUUCUUAGACCUGUGCAGACAAAAGAACGAAGACAAGCUCUGGAUGGAUGAGAUAGCAGCCAUGCAAGCAUCUUCUCAGCCCGAAUUGCCAUACUUGAGGACAUCUGGAAUCAUACUUGCUGGUGAAGAUGAUACAACCAGCAAAUUAAAUGGCUUAGUUGACCCUUCAAUUUCUGAAUCAACUCCAAGUCAUGCAAGUUUGGACAUAGGCCAAGAUUAUAGCUUGCCAACAUCAGGUCAAACACCACCAACAGAUGGAAGGGCUCAAAUGCCAAUGUCAUGGCCAAACCAUCUUCCUCAGUAUAUGCACAAUUUUCAGGGUCAUGCAUUUCACCAAAUGUCUCCAUACCAAGGGUAUCUGUAUCCUGGUAUGCAGGUUCCCUCCUCUUAUUAUCCAGGGAAUAUGCAAUGGCCACCAAAUUCAGAAGACUCUCAUAAUGUUCUUGACCGAGAAAAGGAUUACCAUAAAUCAUCAUAUAAGAAGAAAAAGAAAAAGCAUUCUCAAGUACUGGAUCAGUCUGAAGAAGAUGAGUCCACAUCAUCCUCUGAUACUAGUUCUGAGAGUGAUUUGGACGACCAUUCAAGGCAAGGUAAAAAGCACUCUUCAACAGAACAUCAGCACAAAAAGAAGCACGGAAAGAAGUCCUCAAGGAAAGUAGUUAUUCGCAAUAUAAACUAUAUAACCUCUAAUGGGGAUGGUGAAAAGGGUAGUAUGACAGAGGGGAGUCUGUCCAAUGAGGAAGAGUUUAUCAACGGAGAUUCCCUGAAACAGCAAGUAGAGGAAGCUGUAGGAUCACUGGAGAGAAGACAUAAGUCAAACUCCCGCCACCAUAAGAAACACCAUAGUGCAAAGCACCCUGGCGCACUAAAUGGUUCAAUAGAUGCUGAUUCCAAUGGCAUAAAAGGCAAUAACAACUGGGAUGCUUUCCAGAAUCUUCUUUUGAGGGAUGAUGAUCCUACUCUUGAUACAGAAAAUCAGCCUAUUAAGUUUCAAGAGAAAUACGCUGUUGAUAAGAAUUUUGAGGAUGGAAUGUCAAAUGAGUUUAACCACAAACCAGACAUUAAUAAAACUCGAGCAGUUUCAAAUGAUUCCUUUGUUGUCAUGGAGAGGGAAUUCAACAGGGAGGCUCAAAAUGGUGUUGAAUACUUUAAGGAAGGAAAAGGCGCACCUUCAUUUAUGAAGAAAAAAAAUAACACAGAUGAAGAGUUGUUGUUUCCUCAGAGAAAUGGAGAAUCAGGUACCUAUUCCAUGUCAGCUCUCUCUGGCAAUGGCCUAGAAUCUCCCCUUGCUAAACGCCAGAAAGAAGAGGAUUGGUUCAUUAUCAAUCAAUCUGAUAAACCAGCAAAUGAGGACCGAAACCAAGACUUCAGUAUUUUAAAUGGUGUUUCCAUUUCAUCAUCAUCCGUAGAGAAAAAUAAGAAAGACGUCAUGAGUGAUGACUCUUUCAUGAUUCAAGCUCGAUCUUCAGAAGAUCAGUUCAAUUCUCAAUCAGUAGCAGACAUAAGUUUGGUUUCAGACAUUGUUGGUGCUACUGAAUUCGCAAACAGCACACAAGAAGGUUCACACAAUAAGACUGAAAUCUUAAAUUCCCACGAGCCAGAUGAUCUCUACAUGGUUCUUGACCGCAAUUCAGCUGUAGAGCAGAUUGCGACAGCAUGGAGCAUGGAAAUGGAUUAUGAAAAUAACAUUUCUUCAAAUGAAGCAAAUAGAAAGCUUUCUGAAGUUGAAACAGAUAAAAACCAGUCUAACCAUGAGGUUCCUGAUACAAAAAGUCCUGGAGUGCGAACUGGGAAAGUUUCAAGUAAAGAUACAAAGUCUAGGGCUUUAAAUUCAUCUUUUGGAAAAAACAAAUCUGACAUCACGUCAAGAAGCAAAGCAUCCCCAGGAAGCAGAACUACAGUUACAAGAAACAAAUCUGAUAAGGAAGAGGAAAGUAGAAAGAGAAAGGAGGAGUUAUUGAUUCAGCGGCAGAAAAGAAUUGCUGAGAGAAGUGCCUCUAAGAAGACUGGAAAGGAAACUAAAACUUCCGUGACUUCUACAAAGAAAGAGAAUCCUAAGAUACAUCCAUCCAAUGAGGAGACUAAGAAAUUGCACAAACCGGUCCUCAGGAAUUCCACCAUUGAUCGCCUCGCAACUGCCCGAGUAACUCAGCAGAAGGUUUCACCAAGUCAAGCAAAAUCAGUUCCAACCAAGAAACCAACCUUGAAGGCAAAUGGAUUACCAUUGCAGAAGACUGCUAGCAUAGAAAAGAAGAAACAGGCCCCAAAAGAAGUCAAAUCUUCAAACCAUAAAGAAGAUGCCACAAAAACAAAUGGGAAAGUUCUUGCUGACACUAAUGUCCAGGCUAAGAAUGAAAUAGAAGCCUCAGUAGUGCCAGUGAACUCUAGCGCCAUGCAAUCUAGUGAACCAAAUACCAAUGAUCUUGGUAUGAAAGACAUUGGAGAGCUAUCCAAGACAUCAUCAGAGAAACAUGUAAAACAUUUGAUUUCAGAAAGAGAACACGCGCCGGGAAGUGUUGGCCACGAGGACUUGUCUUCACCGAAUCAUGAUCACACGUUGGGAAAAAAUGGGCCAAGAGGUGAAGAAGUAUUGGACCAGUUAUCUUCACUUGCUGGUGAUAACAAGCCUCAUCGUGCUGCUAAUGUGAUCAUAAAUCCUACAGCUGCAUUACCUAGCAAACUCCAAACAAUUUCUUCAGUGAAUUCAAAGGUUAAUCAAGAAAUAGAUGAAAUCAAUGUUGUCUUGCCUACUAAAGUCUCUGAGAAACAAAUUUCUACCCCUCCACCAACUAACCAAGUGAUGGCAGAACCAAUCCAUUCUAGGAAGAAAUGGAACAGUGAUGAGGACACUUCAAAAGCAGCAAAAGGAUUUCGAAAGCUUCUCUUCUUUGGAAGGAAGAGCUGAAGCAUACUGGUGGAUUGAUUUUUGUGCAAAUGGGUUAAUCAUAAUCUUCUGGAAGUGUUAAGAACAGUUAUCUGUUCUCUUUAUCCCUACUUUCGGUUAUUCAAUAUUUCAAGAAUUUACUCUGUCCAUUCUUCAGCUCACAGGAAGCGUUUGGCACAUUGAAUUAUUUGUUGUUUUGAAAGCUCAUUCAUGUGACAUGGCAGUCAUGUGGAAGAUUGUAGAUAGUUUUCAGCUUGCCACACGUAAUAAUAAGGCCACGGGCAUUGGGAGUUGCUUUCAUGCAUGAUCUAAAUUAUCUGAAUAUGGUGUAUCCUAAGGAAGGAUUUCGCAGGUAAUAAAGUUUCCAUGUUAGAACGCUAUAACUAUAAGAGCUUAUCUUUGUUUAAUGUCAUGGGAUGCCAAAACCUGUUCCUUUGUAUUGUAAAUCAUGGAAGUUGUAAUGUUUGGUUGUGUAUUGCUUUCAUGCUAAUAUUCUUUUGUAAUGGUCUGUUUGUUACAGCAAUGAAUUUUUU